AUGAAGGAUUUCCACCGUCGAUCUCCCGUCAAGUCUCACCACACGCCGGAUGCGACUGCCUCUGGGCCAGAUAAAUUCGACUUCGUUCCCAUCUCUGCGCCCCAUCCGGCUCACGUCCCGGCAACUGGAUCCCCUAUGAAGAAGCCUCAGUUCUUCUCGUACACCGAGGUCGCAAGCCAGGCUGCACGACAGCCCCUAUUCACUAUGUUUUCCAGCGUUCCGGAUGGUGGGCUACCCGCACCACGCCGCCAGUCGCUCUCUGAGCCUUUUACUGAAGUAAUUGCCCCUCCUUAUGUACCCCAAAGCUCGGUGAAGCGCUCUCCAGCAGAGAGCGUCACAGGCAAGGAUCGGUCGAAGAAGCAGAAACGCGACGGAAAGUUCACCACCCACCUGCCUGCGCCCCAUGAGAUGCCGCCAGUUGAAGAUGAUGGCACGAAACCGCCCUUUAGCUACGCCAUCUUGAUUGGGAUGGCUAUUCUGCGCGCUCCCAAUCGUCGCCUGACUCUUGCUCAAAUCUACAAGUGGAUUUCGGACAAAUUCUCGUUCUAUCAGUCCAAUGAUUCUGGCUGGCAGAACAGCAUCCGCCACAACCUGAGUCUCAACAAAGCGUUCAUCAAGCAAGAGCGCCCGAAAAACGAUCCUGGAAAGGGCAAUUAUUGGACCAUCGAACCUGGAAUGGAGGCUCAGUUUCUCAAGGAGAAGCCGAUCAACCGCCCUCCCAUCAUGUCGACCAUGCCCUUGACUCAGCCGGUUACGCGUCCCCCACGCUUGCACCUUCAGCCGCCGGAACCCCAGCGGGUUGAGUUCCAACCAAGUGCGCCUACUGCUAAUACCACCAUGGCGCCGCCUGCACGUGUUCCCCAGUCAAACCCCCAGGAUCUUUCUUCUGACGCGACAAUACCGGCUUCUGACCUUGCUCUUCAAGAUGACACUGAAGACGAAGCCCUCUUAACUACUCACACUGACCUCAACGCCCCUCGCUCAUCUCCCCUCCAACAACUUCGAUCUUCGCCCCCUGUUCCUCCCCCUAUGUUUCGCCGUGAUGCUACUCCUCCGACGCCAUCUCGCCCUGCCACUGCCGCUGCUAAUGGACCACGCCCAAGGAAGCGCAAGCACUCUAUCGUAAAUGAUAGCGGGUAUUUCUCGUCUCUGGAAUCAUCUGCAAUGCGACCGCAUCAAUCUGGAAAUCCAUUACCAUCUGAUCUAGAUGUUGACCUCCCACGAAUCAAGGCUGGAAGCGCCGAAGAGGAAAUUGCACGAAUUCGCAGUUCUUCGCAUGAUAUCAGCCCUAUUCGUUGCUCGUCUUUAAGGGAAACCAUCCAUCUAGUAGGCUCGUCGCCCUUGCGUAACGAGUUCAUGGCAUUAGUCCCCCCACCUCUUACUCCUGCGAUUAAAUUUAAGAAGCCAUUACGGCCGCCCCCGUCGCUGUCGCCUAAUACCAACCUCCGCAACCAUCGAAAGAAGAUUCAACAGAUGGUUAACUCUCCCAUCAAGCAUCUGGGACUGGGAGAUGAUGUGCUUCCAUGGAGCCCUGCCUUCAAUAUUCAAGACGAAGUCUUGGCACAUGAGGCAUUGGGCACUACCCCAUUCUUUGAUAUUUUCUCCGAUCAUUUUGGACCUGCUCUCUCCACCCCGACGCUGGGAUCGCCUGAAAAACGUUCGGCAAAACGCGAUCGGCUUGGUACAAAUGUUCUGACAGAUAUCACAGCCGUGUCUGGAAAUGUUCGAUUAAAUACUCCGCUAUCUCGACUUUCGAAAUCCAAGGUGAUGAAAUACUAUGAGUCACCAUGCAAACGGUCGAAUAAUUAUGUGGAGAACCCAAAUGAAGAUCUGUUUUCUUUCAAUCUUUUUAGUGAAGACGCUCUUGGAGAAGUCGAUGGCAUUGACCUUCUCCAGGGCUUCGAAAAGAUUGGGAAGCCUGCAAAAGAAGAAGCGUCUCCGAAACAGGUGAUUAAAACAGGACGCAAAGGCUCUACUCAGUUGAAGUGA